AUGAGCAUGAAGAAGAGGAUUGGCGAAUACCAAACGAUUGGAUGGAUUCUAGGAAGAUAUGUGUUUGUAGUGCCUCAGGUGAGAGUGAUUCUGUUUCCUGUGGUUCUAAGCAUAUGUGUGGGGAAGUAUUUUGAGACUCGGCUUGCAGGGAGCAUUACGAGGAUUUCAGACGGCUUGGACAACGAUUCUGUCCCAUACAGAAGCAUUGCUAUAUUUCUUGCAAUUUCACUGAUGGACAUAAUGUUCAGUGAGUUGCAGGGAUUAUUUUUUGCAGGCACUAUGCAGAGUGUGUAUAGGAAUACUCUCCGGACAACGUUUGAGCAUUUCAUACGCUUGGAAACAGAGGAUUUUGAAGGCUAUGGAACAGGAACGAUACAGAACAUUGUUGGUAGAAAGAGCAGAGCGGUGAGUGAUCUUGUGGAGGUGUUUGUGCAGAAUAUCCUGCCGAUGUCUGUGUCUAUUAUUCUUAUCUGGUACUCUUUGUAUUCGAAUCUUGGAGUGAUUGCAUUUAUGAUAGUUGCGUUUGCAGUGGUGCUGUAUGCGAUGGUGACGAUAUCGAUAGCAUUGUCUAGAAACAAGGUCCGAAGGAUGCUGAACAAAGCAGAGAAUAGUGCAUCAAAUCUUAUGCAUGAUACACUGAGUAACCAUGAAUCCGUGGUGUCUUUUGAUGGCUAUGAUGUGGAGGUAAGCAGAUAUGACCGAAAGCUGAUAGAUAUUGAGAGGCAUGGGACAGCGUUGUUUAGAGGGCUUUAUCUGUUGAAUAUGCUCCAGAAACUGAUAUUUGCAUUUAUGAACUCGUCUGUGAUAGCUCUUGGAGCAUAUGGGGUUCUGUGGGGUAAGAUGGAUAAGGGAGUGCUGCUUUUCUAUGUGACUAUGAGCAGAAUGCUGCUAGGCAGUCUAAGUAAUCUUGGAUACACAUAUUGCAGGCUUUCAGAGGCAAUGCUGAGCAUUAAGGAAGUUGUUUUUGAAGAUGGAGAGUCAAAGGGAGGAGUUGGACUAUGCUUGGCAAAACUCAAGACAGGCAUUAUGUUCAAGGAUGUUAGUUGUUAUUACAAAGACAAGCGGGUGCUUAAUGGAGUGAAUCUACAGAUCAUGAAAGGAGAUCGUGUUGCAGUUAUUGGGUCCAAUGGAUCAGGAAAGUCGACGAUACUCAAAGCGCUGCUGAAACUGAAUAGCAUGCAAGGAGCUAUACUUGUUGAUGAGAUCGACACUAAGGCUAUAGAGGAAAGGGCAUUCAGAAGGAUGAUGGGAUAUGUUCCACAGAACUCGCUGCUUUUCAAUGAGACAGUGAUGUACAAUAUCAAGUAUGGAUGUCCUAGUGUAUCUGAUUAUUCAGUUGUUGAGCUUGCAAAGAGGUUUAAUGUGCAUGACAGUAUAAUGAGGCUUGAGAAGGGAUAUUUUACGAAUGUUGGGGAAUCAGGAAAGCAUAUCAGCGGAGGAGAGAGGCAGAAGAUUGCGAUCCUGAGGGCGCUUCUGAAGAAUCCCGAGGUGCUUGUGAUGGACGAGCCAACAUCGAGUCUUGACAAAGAGGCAGAGAAGAGCAUUAUUCGCACGAUAAUGAAUUCAUGUAGCAGCAUGACUGUAAUAGCAAUUGUUCACAACCUUGAGCUUCUUUCGUUUUUCAACAAGGUUUGUGUGGUUGACAAUGGAAAUGCAACUAUUCUUGAAAGUUCUUCAAAUGCACUUUCUGCGAUUAUGAGCAAGCUGAGUACUCGAGAUUGUGCAAUUAACACCGCAAAUGAGAUAGUACAAGGAAACUUCUAA